CUCUCUUCGUUGGCUUUUGGAGACCCAAAAAGCGCACACAUGCUUCUGUAUCUCCUUCAACCCACCACCACCUCUCCCCACCACCACCACCACCACCACCGUCGCCAUGCCCCAUCCCCCAUCAAAACCCUCUUCCUCCCCUCCAUGGUGGGAGUGGGAGUGGGAGCUCCUCCUCCUCCUCCUCUCAAAACCCUAGCGCAGAGGCAACCACCCAAUCACGCGAGAACUGGUGCGAUCGCCUCUUCCUUGCUCGAGAGCCCUGUUCUCUGGGCUGGGAGGCUCUGCGUCUACUAUGCCCUCAUCAAGAUCGGCCUCGCUGGGUCUCACUCCAAUCCCUUCCUCUCCUCUCCAGAGAUUGGGGAGGGUGAUGGUGGUGGUGAUUUGGGGUUUUCAAGAUGGAUUCAGGGCCUCCAAGGAAGAUCAGAUGAUAAAGAGGCGAGUGAUAGGAGGAAGCUAGUUAGUAAAUGGCAUCCGACGACGAAAGGCACACUUAAGAGGAAUUACAGAGUACCUUCCAAGGCCGAAGGCCGCCGGCUUCUUAAGGCCAUUGCAUCCUUACUCUCUGACGAUGACCACUUUGUAGAUGCUACUUCACACAAGUAACUGCUCAAAAACAAGCUAUAUGUGAACAUUCCGUGUCUUUCUAACAUGGCAUCUGAAAAGUCCCUACUCGAAUAGCGUUAAGUCAAGUAUUUGACAAACAAAGAGUCUAGAGCGAAGAAGAAAGUAAAGGUUUGCAGACCCCAAAAAAGCUUCAAUUUGAAGUUUCUACCUCUAUAUCAAGUGCAGAGCUGUUGAGGAAAGCUGUUUGGGCUUUACUAGAAACAGCGCCUUCUGGACCCCAACCAGGCCGACCAGGCUAUAUUUUACUUUACACCCGAUUGUUGUGGUGAAGUAUUACAGCUACUUCUGUAGCGCACAUUAUUUGCAGUUUUUAAACAUCGUUAAUGGGAAGCUCUCGUGGGCU